AUGUGCAGAUGGAAAUUCAUGGACUCACCUGAGGCUGUUCGUAAGCAGGACUUCUCCGAAACAUUGCCCCAGGCGUCAGUUCAAGAUUUGGGUGUGAUCCUGAUGGGAUCUGGAUAUGAGGUUUUUCUUAAGGGGCCACGUCUAUAUGCAUUUAAGGGUCUCGUGGGUCGGUACACCCCAAUUGGAGUACACUUAGCCAUGCUGCUGAUAAUGGUGGGUGCAACUCUUAGCGCCACAGGAAGCUUUAGGGGAUCGGUUACAGUUCCACAAGGGUUGAAUUUUGUUGUAGGAGAUGUGCUGGGACCAAGUGGGUUUCUCUCCUUUCCCACUGAAGCUUUCAGCACUGAGGUUCACGUCAACAAGUUCUCCAUGGACUACUAUGAGAGUGGAGAGACUGACUGGAGCAUUUCAGCAUUGCAAGUAGUCAAAGAUGGGGAAGGACCUUUCAAUCUGCCAAUGGCGCCACUAAAAGUAAACGGGGAUAAGAAACUCUACGGGACAAUCUUACCAGUUGGGAGUAUUGAUGCUCCUAACGUCAAGGGAAUAUCAAUGCUUGCUCGUGAUCUACAGUCCAUUGUGUUGUAUGAUCAAGAAGGGAAAUUCGUUGGAGUUCGACGACCUAACUCCAAGCUUCCAAUUGAGAUUGAUGGGAUGAAAAUUAUUAUUGAAGAUGCAAUUGGAAGCAGCGGUCUUGAGCUUAAGACUGACCCUGGAGUUCCAGUAGUGUACAGCGGAUUCGGUGCUCUAAUGCUCACAACAUGCAUCAGCAUCUUAUCACAUGCACAGAUAUGGGCUUUACAAGAUGGAACGUCAUUGGUUAUUGGAGGCAAAAGCAACAGGGCGAAGGGUGAGUUCGAAGGGCAGAUUAACCGAAUGCUUGAUCAAGUACCAGAGCUGGUCGAGUCAUCAUCAUCGUCGGUCACUAAGCAAUCUAAAGACAUGGUCGCUGCAGCCUCCUUCACUGAUCCAAGUGCCAGACCCAGUUGAUCGCAUCCCGCUAGCUAGGGUCAGUGUCUAGUUCUUGGGGACCUUGAAUCGCAAGGAAAUGUGCAUGCAUGCAAGCAUGGUUCAUACUUCAUAGGGAGAGCUGUUAGAGGUUUUGAAAAGUUGUGCAGAGAGAGCCAUAAAGGGUCCUACAAAAUACUGGUUAUGGCAUAUACAAGCUUCCACCCGAGGAUUGAAGACGGCCUAAGACGAGUAUUUUUCUCUGUGUUUAUAUCAACUGUAAACCAAGAAUGGAAGGAAAUUGUUUGAAUGUAUAGUUAAAGAGGGCUAGAUUUCACCCAUUUUCCAGUACAUCAAAGAAAAGAGAAAAACAAAUGAACCCAGCUCCAACUGCCUUCCUUUCAUUCUUAUUAUACAGAGUGAUUACCCCCAAGCUCGUAUCACUGAAGAUAUUCCCAGACUACUCCCUAAUCAAUAACCCUUGCCGUCGGAAUCUGAUGAUAAUGAAAUCAUGGGAAAAUCUUGCGCCUCCGUCGUGGAGUCUCUCGCUUCACAUAUACUUUCUCUGUCUCGUUUAGAGGUCGGCUGGAGCCAUCUGGUAAACUUACAAACUUCCAGCCACCGCCACCUCCACGCUUUCCUUGAGGGCCCAUUUUCUCCACCGUGAAGUUCCAGCCUUCAGAUGGGCGCCGCCUACUAUAUUUGUGGCAUUUAACCUUCCCAGCAAUUUUCAUUUUGUUGAAUUCCAUCCUCUGGACAAACUCUUGGUACAGCAUUUCAUCUUCUUUCAUGGAUAUCUCAUAGUGGACUUCAUCUGGAUCCCGAGUUGUACCAUCCCAACCCUCGGGCAUCACCUUGAAAUCAGGUUUGUAAGGAAGAGAUGCUACAUGAAACUCUCUGUCAUGGGAAUUGAAAAAUUCUGGGCAGGUAUCAAGCAAAAGUUCGACUGAGUCAUCGUGGAUACGACCACGCUUUCUCUCCUCUUCCUCCUCUUCCUUGAGCCAGAGAAUGGCAUGCACUCUCUGCCUCAUGAUUCUGUAGUCCUUGGCAAGCUUCUCAACAGUGUACACUUCAGGGUUCUCUUUGUGCAACCGAUACAUCUCUGCCUUCUCUGAAUCCUUAAGAUAAGAUCCUCUAGCACCAGGCUCCUCUACUUGCUUCAACAACCCACUUAUUUCGCGUAAUCUCUCCCCCCAUCCAUUAACAAAAGCCCUCCCUUUCUUGUUCUCUGCAUCCAGUUCGUUUAGCUUAUCAUCAAGAUCCUGCAACUCAGAUAUCUUCAACGACUGAGAAGCUGUGUUUUCCUUGCCAGUUGAACUUGCCAUCUUGCCAACCAUCUCCCCAUCAAAAUGAUCCUUGGUCAAUCCAGUUGACCAUGAUGAAACAGAGUCCCAUCCCAGAUCAUCAGACCCGGUCGAACCGAAGGACGAUCCACCUGCAGCAGAAUUUUCCCAAUCGUUCGUUCCCUGAUUUCCACCACCACCACCACUACCGCCCGACUGUAAAGAAAAGCCACGUGCCCUAAUGAAUUGACUUGCUUCAGCACCAAAUGCAGAUGUAGCACUUGUUUCCUUUAGAAAUCUCGAUGCAGGUGUACUACUGCACACCGUGGUUGAGGAUAACCGAGAUAUUACGCGGUGAAUAGUGUGCAUAUCUGCAGUAAACUACCCUGGAUGGAGCAAAUGAAAAUCUCAGCACCACAACAGAAGCUCAGAAGUAACC